AUGGAUCCAUCGAUAAUACACACAAAGGGGAAGCUCGAAGACGAGCCGGAUACCCUUCAUCUCGAGAAAGGCGAACUUGUGGACGAUGUGACCCACGAUCCCGUCUUUGGAGAAAUCACGGAAGAAGGGCCGAACUAUCGGAAUGUCGGCUUUCUGGGGACCGUCGUGCUCAUGAUGAAGACGCAGAUCGGGCUGGGUGUUCUUUCCAUACCGACAGCCUUCGAUGUCCUCGGCAUGGUCCCCGGCGUGAUCGUUCUAAUCGCGAUUGCCGUGAUCACGACGUGGUCCGACUAUAUGGUCGGUUCCUUCAAGUUGCGUCAUCGCGAAGUUUAUGCCGCAUUUUGCCUCUACUGGAUCUUCGUUGCGGGCUCUGGUAUUCUCGGAAUUUCGAUUGGCCUGAAUGCAGUCUCCACCCACGGUGCCUGCACCGCGAUCUUUGUGGCGGUUGCCGCGAUCUUGGGCUUUGCCUGUAGUAGCAUCCGAACCCUUGGGAAGAUCACUUGGCUUGCAUGGAUUGGACUGCCAUGUAUUUUGGUUGCCAUCCUCAUUGUCACCAUCGCCGUUGGCGUCCAAGACCGUCCGCCCACCGCACCACUCACAGAUGAACCGUGGGUCUCGGAUUUCAAAAUCAUCGGCCAUCCGACCUUUGCUCAGGGGAUCACCGCAGUGAGCUCACUCGUCUUCGCCUUCUCCGGUACCCCGGGCUUUUUCUCAAUUGUAUCUGAAAUGCGGGAUCCACGCAAGUUCACCCCAGCAUUGCUCAUCUGUCAAGCUGUCGUGACUGCGGUCUAUAUCACCAUUGGCUGUGUAGUGUACUACUAUUGUGGGUCCUAUGUCGCCUCGCCAGCCCUCGGCUCUGCUGGCGGUAUGAUCAAGAAGAUCGCCUAUGGAAUUUCCUUGCCAGGCUUGAUCGUUACGACGACGAUUGUUUCUCAUAUCCCAGCGAAAUAUAUCUUCGUCCAUCUGCUCCGCGGCUCCAAACACCUCAUCAGCAAUACCGUCACGCACUGGGCUGUUUGGCUCGCCUGCACCCUUAGUAUCACUGUCAUUGCCUAUAUCAUUGCCAGUGCAAUCCCGGUGUUUGACGGUCUUGUGUCUCUCAUCGGCGCCCUACUGGGCACGAUGAUGUGCUUCCAGCCCAUGGGUUGCAUGUGGCUCUAUGAUAACUGGCACAAGCGCAAGGAGGGCCCCGUCUCGAAACAAUGGUGGUUCAUGGUGUGCUUCAGUGUCUUUGUAGUCGUUUCAGGAACCUUCCUGACCGUGGCAGGAACCUACGGUUCCGUGGUUGGGAUUAUGGACUCAUACAAGACCGAAGGCGGCUCUGCAGCUUUCACCUGCGCAGACAAUUCGGGGUCCGUAUGA